GUUUCACUAACCAAUUUCCGGGCUUUUCUGGAUCAUUGAAUCCGACACGGACACAUCGCUAGUCUAACUCACGCUGGCGAUAACAUGCUAACAGACCUGCUAUGCGGCCAGCUGGGCUCUCGAGGAGCCGUAGAUUCCUUUUAACAUAGUGACGAACUUUCCUUAUGUUGUUCCCCUGGCUCAGCUCCAUUUAAAACUGUACACGUUUUGCGCGUAAAGAGCAUUUGGUCGAGAGCAGCAGUGUGCAGUGGUGUAUACCUCUGGAGAGCGUAGAACGUACCACACCUGUUAUAAGGCACAGCGUUAGCACAUCAUCAACCGUCCUAACAGGGGGCAGUCUGUCAGCAGGCACCCUCUGGUCAACCUCACGGUCAAUCUCUCUUGACCACGCGCUCCACGUGCUUAGUGGUCAAUAAGCGGCGAUAACACUCUCUUCUUUGUCUCAGAGAAAAGGUGUGAUCAUCUCAAUGAAGACAUAAGAUGUUCCCAUGUUAUUGCUAGCAUAUGAAGGUUAGCCUACAGCCACGUCUGUGGAAGGGAAGUUUACACAGACGUAUAACAAGGUUGGUGUCAAACUCUCUGCGGACUCCGAUGUUCAACAUCUUAUAACUAUAUACACACGGGGUGUGAGGGAGGUGUACAUAGUAGAUCCGACAAUAUACGUAUAUAAAAGAAAGAUAGACCAGAUGCUAGGUAUAUAGAGCUGUCAGUGAAGACGGAGUGACAGCGAGGCGUAACAUUAUUGUGCCAUAAUAUUAGGAUCACGGAUUUAUUUUUCUUCAUAUAUCAGGACUAUUUUUGUGUCAGUACACGGAAAAGUAUUUGAUUUAUAAUUCCUAUGUUGACGUUGUAAAAUGUGUAACAUUUAUAUUUCAGUUGGAUUAUAUAAAAAAGAGUGUUGUAAUGUCUGUGUUAGUUUUGACAUAUACACGACAUUCUGUGAUUAAGAUGAUCUCCCACGAAUUUGUAUAACGACAACUGAUACAGAAUUCUUCUGAGUUGAUUCCUUAUUGUUUUAUGCAUUGUCCGACAUUUGAAUGACUAUACUACGGGAGCUACGUACGUUAUCCACUUAGGUCAGUUGACAUUUUGGCAGCAACACAGAUUCCUAACAAGAUGGUUGUUCUGAAGCCCAAAAGUACUAGUUGGAACAGUCUGUGGUCAAUUAUAUACUGUUUACUUGUGCUGGGAUUACAAAGUUAUAUUUCCUAUCGGGCCAUACACACCUUUCAGGAAACUAUAUUAGAACGAUGGAAGGAGUACUAUCCGUCAGCCUUAAGCGCCAAACUUGGACUCGCUAUACUGGGGAUAAUUUUAGCUCCGCUCUUCAUCAUCUCUUCUGUGUUUAAACUUGGGAAUUAUGCUAACGAUGGUUUCAAGCUCGGACGAGACCAUGCUUUAUGUCAAACAGGGGAAAGUUUUGUUGACAAAUUGAGCUCCGAAACAGUCAAACAACUAUGGAAGAAUUUAUUUCCAUUUUCGCAAACUCUCCAUGUUGUAAUAUCCUUCUUUCUCCUAUUGCCUGACACAUUAGUUGAAGCAUCAGACGUUUUCUACGGACACCUGCAUACUAGCAACGUAUGGUCGUCAAACAUCGACUUUUUGUUACCCGAUGAGCGUAGAGGAUGGAGCGACUUCAAUGCCCGUAUGAACAGUACCGUCAAAAGUAAUGCUUCUGCUUUCAAUAUCGGGAUCAUCUAUACGCUUGGGGAUUCAGUGAUGUCACCAGAAUUCAUCUUUUUCGUAUCGGCGCUUGUUGCUUUUACCGUUCGAUACGCCUCUGUGUUCUGGUAUACAAACAAGGCCCUAGCAUUAACCUUUGCUUUCCAGCUACUUUUUAUGAGUGUGGAAUCUAUCUUCGCCUAUACAGGAUUUUCAAUAUUGUACAAAGUGACAAUAAAUUAUUCCAUGUACAGCCAUAACCUUUCUCUAGCCCUGGGUCCGGGCGGUACCUUGGUCCUAUACCUGUUUGGAGGAACUAUUGUUCUUCUGUCCGCAAUUACUGUCUUCUACUACGGCUCUUACCAUUUCCACGAAAAGUUCAGACUCGUCGACCGGAAACACAAUCCGGAAAAAUAUGUAAGGCACAAACGGAACUACAAAGGUCCAUGUAACGGAUAUGUGUCCCACUCAUGCGCAGUCGGCACCCUUGUGUUACUGGCAAUAUUCAAAGGUCCCAUUCUUUACGACUUGGUAACUAUCUAUAGACUCACAAGUGACAACCUCGUUCUGACUUGUGUCGUUAUAGAUGUGGCAUAUAUGGUAUGUUGGAUUUGCUUGUGGACUCUACUUACCAUAAAGGAACAGUGGCUGUUCCGGAUACUAGACUACGCAAAUGUAGGCGAACCGAUAUUUGUUAUAAAGAGUGACAGUCUGUUAAGAACACCAUCCAUUUCCAUUGGUUCAAUUGAACUAAAAGACAUCCAGAUGACACGAGGGAAAAGGCCAAGUUCGAUCCAAAGUGUUGACAUAACAGCUAGUGAGAGCGGAUUUGAUGAGUACGAACCGGCUCCUUCUGAGGAGGAAGAGCGAUUCGAGCUCUCCUUACCAACGGUCAGUGAGAACCCGGAUGCGUGUGAUGACGACAGCAAUAGUGUGAUAAUGAGGCGCUCACGAAACAGGCGUAGCGGCGCUCAGCGUGUGACGUUUCACGAGACCGUGCGGCGGUCGAGUGACAAUCUUCUUCGCUGUCAGUCACCGCACGAGGGUGAGACACGUGUAAAUGUCACGGCCGACGUGCAUUCAGGGAAUCGAAAGGGAAUGGUAUCUCCUUUCCGACGAAGUUUGUCUGACAUUGAUACCUGCCGAGCAGCUUCACCUGCUAAUAAUAAAAGUUCUAGUUUACCAAGAUUUCAGCAUUCUAAACAGAGAGAGGAUUUCAAAGAACCUCUCUUAGAAAAAACACAAAUAGUUCAAUCUGAAUCUCUGAAACCUGAGAAUAUUUUAAUGUCUGCUUCUGUUUCGGAAUCGGAAACAAGGUUACCUAAUACGAGUAACAAACCGCAAAGGCCUCACAGCAGUGUUGACGGAAGUCGACAGAUCAGUUACAAACCCUCAAACAUCGACACAGCCGAACAACGUGACAAACUUGAUAAGCAGAGCCGUUAUAAAUCGGCGGACAAGGUCCACCCCAAGGAUUCCAGAUUGACCAUCAAGGAUCUCAAGGACGCAAAAACUAACAACGAAGUGAAAGUAAAGCUUUUAAGUGAUAAAGAUUUUAAUGAGAUAGCUGGAGAGAAGCAGCCUGACAUUGUUCCAAAAGACAACUCGAGUCAUCUUUAUCCUAAGCCUGUUCAGACUCUAAGCAGCGGCAAAUCUGAUAUUUCUCGGAGAGAUUCAGCAAAUUACUCCAUGACGUCAUCACAAGAUAAUUCCUCCAACGAUUCCGACCACGGUCUUCACAACUCACGCGCCCUCUGCAGUCAAAACAAGGCUAGAUAGACGAGAUCAUCAAACCAUUAAACCAUUGACGUCAUCAAUUAUCAGCACGUGACCAGAAUCAGUUUAAAUGAAAUCGAUGUGGAACAGCGAGAAGCGGAAGGAAGUAUCAACUUCACAACAAAGACUGUACGCUGAUCUAUCAGUUUAAUCCACAAAUAUAUAUAUAUAUUUGAUAUCUUUAAUUACAUAUUAACAUUUUUAUUGUCAGCAAUAAUAUGAGAUAUUAUACACAAAUGCUUUCUACGCAGACUCCCCAAAAUGUCCGUAUUCCCAAAGCCUAUCCAGUAGCUGAUUUGAGAUUUAGGAUAAACACAUGUAGUUGGGAACAGACAUAUAAAUGUAAUUAUGAUGUACGUUUCUACAAAACAAUAAUGAAACCCAUGUAUAGCAUUUAUAUCAAAAUAAGUAUAGUCAUGAUUCAGACAUAUUUUCGUUGUAUUUUGUCUCGCUGUGUGAUUUUGGUGUUCCAUGUAUUGUUCUCAUUUUGCACAUAGUCCUAUCCAUGCAGUCCAUAUACAGACAUAUAAUUAUAUAUAUACGGACCAUGUGAUUGGAACUUUGUGUCCGUUCCUGUGGUUGUUUUACUGUUUCCGUGCUGUGUUCAGAAACUUAAUUGUUUGUAUCCCUGGUAACUGCUAUCUACUUGUUGUUUCAUGCCAUUCCAUGUACAUAAUUCAAUUAUCAACCUGCAGAGAAUGACUUAAUCUAAGUAUCCCAUGAAAUGUUAUAUCGAGGUAUUUAACAGGAGAAAAGUACACCACGUUAUUUAUGGUAUCCUAGUUUGAAACAAUAAUAAGUGUACAUCAGAAUCUCUGGGGAUAAAAUAACACAUUUCAGUAAAUAACUUUGUCUGAUUAAACGCCGUCAAAAUAAAUGAGAUUUAAUAAACAAAAGUGCACUGCAUUAGGAAAUAAUUAUUUAUGAAAAAAAUUGCAAAAAAAAAAAAAAAAAAAAAAACAACAAAAAACCAAAAAGGUAAACGAAAUAUAUGUAAAACGCACAGUCGUCAUAAAAGUAACUAAUUGUGAGACCUUUUAACACUAAAGAAAUAUGUAGGAAUUAAAUCACUAUAACGCUAGGGUUUUCUGUGUUCAGUCAUGUUAUACAAUAUAUGUAAUAACUCCAUCCCCUCCCCCACCGUCUAGUGUGAUACGGGGGUUUGUAUAUACCGACCAAUCAGAGUCAGUACUCAAUUCAAUUCAUUUUAUUAACUUUACAGCUCAUCAGUACAUGUAACAUGUAUACAAUACAAUAAAUUGGCGGUCACUGCAAUAUAGCAGUGAAGUAUCAAUAUCUAGAGAGAAUGGACAAAUCUGUGAAAAAAAUAAACUUAAUAUCAAAUUUUCCCUUAACUUUGUGGCAUCAUAUACAUACUUACAUACCAUUGUUAAAUAUUUAAGUUUGUACUUACUACAUACACACAAGAGGCUACGUAGGGUACAUUGUAUGUUAAUCUCUAUAAUGCUAUGCUGUAUGUAUAUAUGUUUUGAUCACGUGUACAUGUUUACCAUUUGUAUAAAGACAACCAUACCAGCAGUACAGAGCUAUGUAUUCUUAGGCUAGAAUGCGAUUAUUUAUGUAUGGACUAAAGAAUAAAAUAAAUUAUUAUAAAAUCA